UUGAGCAAUAGCGCAUGCGCAGAAGCGACACGGUUAUGAAAAUUGAAAAGGAGACUUUUUUCCAGCAUAGCUGCAACUAAACUUUACCGAAGGAGACUGACCCGAGGCGGACAUGGCGGGCGAAGAGGAGGCGAGACAAAACAAGGGGUUUAAACUGUUGGGGAUCCUGGAUGUUCAGAAGACACCAUGUGCCAGAGACUCCAUCCUACAUGGAGCCGGAGGCUCCCUAGCUGCUGGCAUGCUCUAUUUUCUGGCCACCAGUCGAGUAAAGAGGUCUUUUGACGUAGGAUUUGCUGGCUUCAUGGUCACCACUCUUGGGUCCUGGUUUUACUGCAGGAUGAACAAUGCUAACCUACGUGCACAGCAGAGAUUAAUACAGGACAGCAUCAAGAACAAGGUUGUGUAUGAAGGAACAGUUCUGGACCCAACAAAUAAACCCAAAACAGAAGCUCCUUCAGGCCCGUCGUGACGACCUGGACUCAAACUUCCCUCUCUUCAUGAGAAGCGGACAAGAGAGUGUCGACCUCUGUCAGGAGAAACAGACUCAAAUGGAUUUGAUUGUAUAAAUGAAGAAGAGCUUGACAACCAGUGUUUUGUUGAUGUUCUUUGUGUUUUGGUUUAUCUGAAUGUCUUGUCCCGGAGGGUUGUGGCUCUGAUGGUGAGGUUAUGGGCCGCCAAAGAAAAUCUGAAAAUCUGCAUCUUUUGCAGGUUUUUAAAUUCACCAUCCAUCCCUGCGAUGCCUGGAAGCUUCCUGUCUACAACCUUAUCCAAUGUUUUUAAAAAAAAGGUUUUGUUUAGAAUCAUAAGUGUAAGAGUGGAGCAUGAAUUUAAAGAUCAGGAUUAGAUGUAAAGAGUGGGUUAUUGUAGUAAACUUGUCUGACGGCUUCCUUUGCCCACGUUGAGGGGAAACGCAUCCUGGAUCCACAAACUCUGGAUCAACAGUUAAUCUAAUCAUCCAUAACUGCAACUAAUCCAGUUAACAGACUAAUAUUGCCGUGGUUGAGGUUAUGUAAACACCUGGAUGCUUCCAGCUGUUUGCUCUCAUUUCCAGCGUGUCGAACGGUUUCACCACUCAAAGAGCAGAGCAGCAAGAUUUAUUUCAGUGUUAAAUCAGAACUUAAAUUUACUUGUAACUGUGAUUUUAAUAUUUUUGUAAUGUGUGGAAAGAUACAUUCUGUACAGUGAUUUCAAUGACUGCAAAAUCUGGCUUGUGUGAUUCGAUGAGUGAUAAAGAUAAAGGAGUCGAGGGAAAGGAUUCACUAAAUGAAGUACACGUUUUGAUCCAG